GCUAGAAGUUUUCAAUAUAAAACGAAUGCUUUUAGUAAAUCUGUCUGGGAUCCACAUACAAUUGUGAUCCAAACUGGCUCUGGCGUAGUUUCAACAUCGACAAGACAGAUUUGUUUUAACAGUUCAGGAUCAUCUUUCUAA